AAACAAGUUUCUGACCGACAGGAGAAAUCCAGCUGCUGGAUGAUAUAAAAGAAGCAAACUUACCAAAGAACAGAAGAAGGUGAGUUAAAGAAGGCGCUUCUAUUCGGUUUUUAUAUCAAUCGUGACUUUGGAGACUAUUAAGAUGACUGGAUCCACUCUGGUUUCAUCUCUCGUGGCACUGGUCUGUGUUCUCCUGCCUCUGUGUGCUGCGCAAGGCAGCUGCGGGGGUCGAUGUGGCGAGCCGUUUGCUCGUGGUCAGAUCUGUAACUGCGACUACAACUGCUUUGUCCACAGCGAGUGCUGUAAGGACUUUGAGGAAGUCUGCACUACCGGUGACUCGUGCAGGGGUCGGUGUGGAGAGACAUUUCUUCGUGGAAAAGAGUGUAACUGUGAUCCAGACUGUGUUCUCUACAACACCUGCUGCUCCGACUACCACGCACAGUGUGACGCUUUCUCCAACUUACAAGCUGCAAGAAGCUCAAAGUUAAACAAACAAACCGACUAUACUGAACAAUGUAUGGCUGUAUGUCUUGCAUCUCAAAACCCAGAUCUCAUGAGAGAUGGGGCCGGUGCUCUGGACAGGCUGAAUUUGAUGGCUCCAUCACAUGCCCCAGCACUCAUCUCUGGAGCUCCAGUCGCCCAGGACCCCAGCAUCUAUGCCCCCAUGACCCCCUCUGACCUGCCAGGCCUCCCCUCCAGCCCUUCUGGAUUCCCUCUGCCAGAACCUGGUCCAGCUUCUGGACCAGGACAGGCAGGAGGGCCUUCUUCUGGGCAACCCCUACCUAUCCCUGUACAGGUCUCUCUUUCUGUCAGUGGACAAGGAGAUGGGCCAUCCAGUGGUCCUGCCUCUGGUUCAGGUAGUCCCAGCACUCUUGAAGACAUCGCCCAGGUCACGGGAGCAAGCCCCUCUUCAGGAUUAGGUCCUGAUAUCUGCAGCAGUCUUCCUAUUGAUGGACUGGCAACUCUCUUCAAUGGCACUAUCAUUGUUUUCAAAGGUCACCACUUUUGGCUGCUGAAUCCCAAGACAAGAAGAGCUGGUCCGGCUCGUAGCAUCACCGAAGAGCUCGGUGUCCCGUCCCCCAUCGACACCGCCUUCACACGCUGCAACUGCCAGGGAAAAACUUACAUCAUCAAGGGUGAUAACUACUGGGUCUUCGAGAAUGGUGUGAUGGAUCCAGAAUCUCCCAGAUCAGUGUCUAGAGGCUUUGGUGGGCUCACUGGAGAGAUCACCGCUGCUCUGUCCAUCCCAGCCACUCGAAAGAGGCCUGAGAUGGUGUACUUCUUCAAGAAAGGAGGAACGGCUCAGAAAUUUGCUUAUCCUCCUGGAAGUGGACCUACCUGCUCUGCAACGAGAAGCAAAAACUCAGUCUACGGCAAGCUCCGGCGUGCCAGACAAGCAGAAAUCCAGUUGUCAGGAGAGAUCAAUAUUAACCUCCGCUGGAAGGGUUUCCCCACCCCUGUGACUUCAGCCAUGUCCAUACCCAACUCCAGAAAGCCAGAUGGUUUCGAUUACCUUGUUUUCUCUGGGCCUAAAAUCCUCAACAUCAAGAUCAGUGGUGAUCUGCCAACUUUGGCAGCUCCCGCCAGCAGUUCCUCCCAGCAGAAUGAGAUCAGAAGCUGGCUCAGAUGUCCCUGAAACAUUU